AUGUUGGACGACUGGGAGGACGAGCGUGAGCGGGUCGUAGACGGCGGAAACUUCGGCGCGAAUCACGGCGGGGGUUACGGCGGGCAGUAUGUCUACCAAGGAUACGGCGCGGACGAAGAUGAGCCACGUCAGCAGCAGAAUCCACGUCAGCAGCAGCGGAUUAGCGACUCGAGCGAGCCGCUGUUCAGCGUGGAGGUGCUUAAAGCCCACGCGGCGCUGGGCCACGGCCGCAUCACGUGCGGCGCCGCGGGCAACUCCGUGGUGGCCGUUGGCACGUCGGACGGCUGGCUCGUGCGAUACGACUUCCUGAAUGAUGAGCUGGCAGAGAUCAACCUAGCGUCCUACAUCCCUCCAGACACCUCCUCCUCCACCACCACCACCUCGUACCCAUCUGCACCGCACAUCAACGGGUCCUACCGCAUACACCGUGCACGGCAUGUGGCACGGCAUCGCAUGGCCAUUGGGGCUGUUGCUGCUGUGGCGUGGCAACCUGCUCCCAUGGCGCAUGAUGCCAGCACGCGGGAGAUCAUUCUGGCUACGGAGGGCGGGCGGCUGUACGAGGCGGCGUUCGAGGAAACAGACAAACGAGACCGCCCGCUGAAGCUGCUGUUCGAGCUGCCCGACGCUGAAAAGUGCCCCUUUCGGGGCAUCCAGACUGCGCUUAUAUCAAAGGAAAUGGCUUCUAAUCCUCCCGCGUCAUUUCACCACCCACGCACGGCCUCAAUACAACCACAGAUGGAGGUGCUGGGGUUACACGGGGGAGGCUCAUCAGGGGGAGGCAUUUCUGGGGUAGGAGGAGGAGGAGCAGCAGGGGGAGGUACAACUGCAUCAGGCGCAUCGUCUCAGCGGUUCUUUGUCCUGGCUGCCACUGCCACUCGCCUGCUUGCCUUUGUUGGCUCCACGUCUCUUGAGGCCACCUUUGCACCCUUCGCCUCACAGCUGCCCAAGUUCAUUGAGCUCCCAGCCUCCUCACCUCUCAUACCAAGCUCGCUGCACUUCUUUGGCCGCCAGCAGCGCUACGCAGAGCGGUUCGCAUGGAUGGCAGGGCAUGGAGUGCUCUUCGGCCACCUCAACCUCAACGCCACCUCCUCCAGCCUCCCAUCGGGCUCCUCAUCAGAGCCCCUCAUCCAGCGCAAGUCGCUGCUGCCCUUCGCCAAGCUGCUUCCACCCGGCCACUUGGGCACCUCCGAUGAUACCGAAGACAGUUCUGCAGCUGUAGCUGCUGGAGCCGCCAGUGCAGCCGCAGUGCAUCCAAUGGCGAUGGCAGUGUCGGAGUUCCAUCUGCUGCUGCUCUACAGCGACCACAUCAAGAUAGUGAACCAAGUGAGCGAGGCAUUGGUGGAUCAGCUGCCCUUCCACGCCACAGCGCUUGAGAUGGCGCCAGGUGGCAUGCUCGGAUUGGUUGCUGACGAGGCCGCCUCUGCCUACUAUGCCUUCUGCGCCAACAACAUAUACGAGAUCGCAGUGUGCGAUGAGGCCAGGGCCAUGUGGCAGGUGUAUCUGAACAGGCACGACUACGCCAUGGCCCUCUCCUUCUGCCGCACGCGCCUGCAGCAUGACAGGGAAUAUGCGGCCCAGGCAGAAUCCGCUUUUAAAGACGGGGACUAUGAGCUAGCUGCCACCUUCUUUGACCGGACGGCCCACCAGAUGCCCUUUGAGGAGGUGGCGCUCAAGUUUGUGGAGGCGGGGCAGCAGGACGCUCUGCGAAGCUUCCUUUUGCACAAGCUGGACCACCUGCCGAAGCAGGAGCGGGCGCAGAUGACAAUGGUGGCCACUUGGGCUUCAGAACUGUAUCUUGACAAGAUAAACCGGUUGCUGCUCCAAUUGCCACCAGACUUUGAGAAGCAUGAUUCCAUACCUAGCAACUCUGAGUCUGGUUCUGCUGCUGCUGCUGCUGCUGCUGCUGCUGCUGCUUCUGGUUCUGCUGCUGCUGCUGCUGCUGCUUCUGGUACUGCUGGUGCCGCUGGGGAAGCAAGCCGGGCAGGAGUGGAAGCAUCAAGGACGGGAGGUUCAGGAAGCUCCAAGGAGGGCCCAGGAGUGGAGAGGUUGCGAGAGGAGUACGGAAGGGUGGUGGCGGCGUUUCGAGCAUUUCUCAGCGACUGCAAGGACGUGCUGAAUGAAGCCACCACCGUGAAGCUGCUCGCCAGCUACGGCCGGGAGGAGGAGCUGGUGUAUUUUGCGGGACUGAAGCAGCGGCACGAGACAGUCAUCGAGCAUUUUAUUCGGUGUCACUUCUGUGUGUUCCCCUGCUCCCACGCCUUCCACAUUGACUGCCUGCUCACCCACGUGGUUCAACACUCCGACCCCUUCCUGUGUCACUUCUGUGUGUUCCCCUGCUCCCACGCCUUCCACAUUGACUGCCUGCUCACCCACGUGGUUCAACACUCCGACCCCUUCCUGUGUCACUUCUGUGUGUUCCCCUGCUCCCACGCCUUCCACAUUGACUGCCUGCUCACCCACGUGGUUCAACACUCCGACCCCUUCCUGUGUCACUUCUGUGUGUUCCCCUGCUCCCACGCCUUCCACAUUGACUGCCUGCUCACCCACGUGGUUCAACACUCCGACCCCUUCCUGUGUCACUUCUGUGUGUUCCCCUGCUCCCACGCCUUCCACAUUGACUGCCUGCUCACCCACGUGGUUCAACACUCCGACCCCUUCCUGUGUCACUUCUGUGUGUUCCCCUGCUCCCACGCCUUCCACAUUGACUGCCUGCUCACCCACGUGGUUCAACACUCCGACCCCUUCCUGUGUCACUUCUGUGUGUUCCCCUGCUCCCACGCCUUCCACAUUGACUGCCUGCUCACCCACGUGGUUCAACACUCCGACCCCUUCCUGACCAUGAAGUUUAGGCGGAACCUUCGUCGCACUGCCGCAGUCCACCCCGAGCCGCGCUCGCUUCUCUUCCCCGAGGUCCCCAUCCGUGGCUCGAGAGACGAAGGCAGAAAGCUCGCGACCGAGUCGCUUUCAGGAAGCAAUGGGGCAUCGUCGGGAAUCGCGGUAGCGCAAAUGACGCUGGAUGAGGCGAUUGAAGCCUCGGCGCGCGAGCAAAGGCAAAAGCAACAGCAGCCACAGCCGGCACCGGCCCAGCCGUCACCGACCCAGCCGGCACCGACCCAGCCGGCACCGACCCAGCCGGCACCGUCCCAGCCGGUAGUGACCCAGCCGGUGGUGACCGAGCCGGCAGUGACGACUCAGCCAGCUGUCACGCAGCCGCAGCCUAUAGUGGAACCGCAGCCGCCGCCGGUAACGGAACCGCAGCCGCAGCCGCAGCCGACCGACGGGGACACGCAGAAGCAGCUCUUCCCCGGCGUCACUUCGCCGCCCGUCGUAACCCCCACGCCCGUCAACAAUCCCCCGGUCGCCAGCGGCGGCUUUGGGAUCUUCCCCAGUGGGCCGGGCGGGUUCACCCCCACGCCCGUGACGCCCGAAACCCCGGCUGUGCCGAACACUCCCACGCCCGCGACUCCUGUGCCCGCGCCGACGACUCCUGUGCCCGCGCCGACAACUCCUGUGCCCACACCCAAGACUCCUGCCGUUCCCACACCUAAAGGGCCUGUCGUCGAUCCCACGCCUAAAACUCCUGUUCCCACGCCUACCAAUCCUGCCGUUCCGGCGCCCACGACUCCUGCCGUCCCCACGCCCACGACUCCUGGCGUUCCCACGCCUACUACUCCUGGCGUCCCCACACCUAAGACUCCUGGCGUCCCCACACCUAAGACUCCUGGCGUCCCCACGCCUAAGACUCCUGGCGUCCCCACGCCCAAGACUCCCCCUGUCAACCCCAGCGUCCCCACACCCAAAGCCCCGGGCUCGACUCCCACUCCCAAGGUCCCCCCAGCAGUCCCCGGUGCUAAAACUCCAGGCGUCCCAAAUCCCAAGGUUCCGCCUCUUGCGCCUGGUUCCACGGCCGCGCCUGGCGUUCCAAAUCCUAAACUUCCGCCGCUUGCGCCUGGUUCCACAGCCGCGCCUGGCGUUCCGAAUCCUAAACUUCCGCCGCUUGCGCCUGGUUCUACGGGCGCGCCUGUCGUUCCGAAGCCCAAGACUCCGCCUGUAGCUCCUGGCAGUCAAGCCGCCCCCGGCUUUCCGCGCCCCAAAGUUCCGCCAGUGGUCAAACCCCCUGGUGCACCUGGCUCCGCCGCUGCCCCAGGUUCCGACUCUGCGCCUGGCUCCGCCUCUGCGCCUAGCUCGGACUCUGCUCCUGGCUCCGCCUCUGCUCCUGGCUCCGCCGCUGCCCCUGCAAGCCUGUCAGCGCCUGGCUCCGCUUCUGCGCCUGGCUCAGCCUCUGCGCCUGCUUCCAAACCUGCCAAAGUUCCGAAGCCUGCCCCUGGUUCCGCCAAGGCUCCUGUCCUUGCGCCCGGCUCCACGCGCGCGCCGUCCCGCGUGCCUAAAAACGACUCCCUCACCGCGCCGGCGUCGGUCCCCCCCCCUCUCCCCGCGCAGCCCUCCGCUCCGCUCCCGCAGCUCUCUACCUCGGCGAAUGCUGCGUCGACCCCCUACUCGUCGACUCCCCCCGCGAACACGACCGCGACGGUGGAUUCUGGCGGAAACAGCGUGUCCGCGGCUGCGGUUGCGGGGAUUGCAGUUGGUGUGACGCUGGGGUUCGUGUUGCUGGUGGUGCUGGGACUGUACGUGUUCCUCCUGCUGAAGCGCAAGAAGGACGAGGCCGACGGCGAGAAGAAGGGGAAAGCGGGCGGUGCGGCUAAAGGAGGUGCUAAAGCCGGCAAGGGUCCGUUCUAUGCAGCUCCGUUCAAGACGCGCAGUAAGCGCGAGGAAGUGCAAGACGACGGCGAAUCCGGAGUGACUGGAGUUCCGCCGGCAGCAGCGGCGGCGGCAGCGGCAGCGGCAGGAGCAGGCGCAGUAGCAGCAGGUGCAGCGGUCGCAGCCGGUACCACGGGAUCCGCCCCUGCUGACAAAGCAGCUUCCGCGCCUGCUGCAGCUGACGUGGCACCUGCUGGCGCGGCGACUGCUACUGGCGCGGUGAGUGCUCGCCCAAACGCAAGUCCGCCGUCUGCUAAAGCCGGGAACAGCCUGACUCCCCCUACGGGUUCCGCUGGAGGCGCGGGCGGCGCAAGCCCGCUGGCGAACGCAGCAGGGACGGUUCCGGCCGCCGGUUCGACAGCAGGUUCGACAGCAGUUACGGCUGGCUCGGGUGCAGGAGGGGCGGCGCCAACUGCGGCUGCGGUUGCGGGUGCUGCAGCGGCUGUAGCGGCAGGAGCGGUAGUGGGCGCGGCAGCUACCACCGCAGCAACAACGAAGACUCCGGCAGCCGCGAGAGCCGCUGCUGUUCCUGCUGCAGGCGCAGCUGGCGCAGGGGUGGUCGCAGGAGCGGCGGCAGCCAAGUCAGGAAACGAUGAGGACGAAAUCGAUCCUUCCGAACAGUGGUGGUUCCCCGCGGAAGAGCUCGACCAGGCUACAGAACGCUUCGCUCUUUCGAACAAGCUCGGAUCGGGAACUUUCGGAACUACUUACAAGGGAGUAUUGGAGGACGGGCAGGAGGUGGCAGUGAAAGUGCUCAAAGUGAAGGGUUCGCUGAGCGACGACGCGUGGAAACGCGACGCGGAGGAGGUUUUCGCGAUCCAGCACGAGAACCUGGUUACUUAUUUGGGGUAUUGCCUCGCCAGUUCGCAGCGAAUGCUGGUGCAGGAAUUUGUCGCGAACAGUUCGCUUGACGCGGCGCUGCAUGGGAGUAACAAGCCUAUCCUGGCGUGGAAUUUCCGCAUGAAGAUCGCCAAGGGCGCUGCGAAGGCUCUCGCAUACCUCCACGAAGAAUGCAAGCCCCAGAUUAUUCACAAGGACAUCAAGUCAUCUAACAUCCUGCUGGACGCACAGUACGGGGUCAAGCUGAGUGACUACGGCUCAGCCAAGCUGGCAGGAGAUGCUGCCCUCACAACCAUCGUCAGCUCAGCCGGCUCUUUCGGUUACCUAGCGCCGGAACAUACACUCACAGGCAAGCUCACCGAGAAGUCGGACGUGUACUCGUUUGGAGUGAUCUUGCUGGAGCUUAUAACGGGGAGGAAGCCCAGUGACAAGCAGAGGGGGCAGAAGGACAGCCUGGUUGAGUGGGCUCGGCCACUCCUUGCCUCCAACACGCUGAAGGAGCUUGCUGACCCAAAUCUGGACGGCUGUUUCGGGGUGAAAGAGAUGGAUCGUGUUAUUGUGGCUGCCUCGCAGUGUGUGAGGCAGUCGGCUGUACUCCGACCAAGCAUGAGCCAGGUUCUUCGCCUUCUGGAUCAGCAGUGA